UCAUGGGUCAUUUAUUCAUGCUUUACGUUUUAUUUCUCAUAUUUUUCAGUGUGUCCAGCUCUCCUUCUGGCUAUGGACCAUUUCAAUUGCACCUAACCAAGUUCGACGCGUGUCCGGGACCUAAGAUCAAAAAUUGUACGUAUUUGGAUCCCUCAGGAACGGAAAUUGAAACUGGAAUCCUCGUCACGAAAGUAACAGUUUUGGAAAACACAACUCCGUCUAAGGGAAAACUAUUGGUUCUGUCGAACGGUAAGGAGUUACUCCGACUCCAGAUGACUAACCCUUGUAAACAUCUCUUUCUCCGACCAUUAUUAGAAAAAAUGUUUAAAGUUUCAAAAAACUGCUUGAUUUUAAAGGGUAACUACACCAUAAAAUUGAAUGUGGAGGAAAUGGUGGAAUCUUACUUCGGUGGAAAGUUUUUCUACGGGAAUGGGAAAAUUGUUUCACUGGCGCCAAACGGUGAGGAGCUAGCAAGAUAUCAUAUGAAUACACCUUGUGAACAUCACUUUCUCCGCCCAAUGCUCACCACUUUGUUCAAUGCAACAAAAAACUGUGAAAUAUUAAAGAACGAUUAUUCGAUGAAAAUCGAUGUUGGGCGUAUGGCUAACGAUUAUUUCGGAGCCCAGUUCUGA